AUGGAUUUGAAGUACCACAACAAAGAUGUUGUGCUAGAGAUCAAGGGAUCGGAGGCGCUCUUUCUCAACACCUCCAUUUUGGACGUGUUGAAGUCUUUGAAGGAAUUGUCCGAGCCAGCCGGAGAUGCAAAUUCUGGCCGUGUCCCCAAGAGACGGAGGGAAGAAGAAGAAGAGGUAGGGCCACAUUUGUAUACCCUUGCAGAGGGAGCUGGAGGCCAGUGGCUCCAGCUCAACAACUUUCCAUCCUCAGUCACCCUUCGAGGAGCUGGAGGCCAGUGGCUCCAGCUCAACAACUCUCCAUGGCUCACCCGAGACCCUCGCCCACUCGUCGCCGUUGCAGCCUCUGAGCCACAUACGAAACACCGAGGACCUAAAGGCAGGCGAGGUCUCAUGGUUCCCACAAGCCAAGACAUGGGGACUAAACGUGGAUGAGAUCCGCAAGGUCUACCGGGACAAACUAGAGAAAGUGCAUGACUGCUUUGAGUGCGGCGUCAUCCUCCACAGCCACAAAGCCCUAGUAGAACAUGAGAAGUUGGACCAGGAAAAGGAGAGGAUCGAUAAGUUUUUUAAUUCGAAGGCAAAAUCUUUGUGUCCAAUCUGUGGAGCUAAGGCUCAAAACAUCCGCCAAUU